UCCCGGCGCUUAGUGCGUCACUUCCGGCGGGCAGUAUGGCGGCGGCGGGGCUGAGCAAGGCCGAGUACCUGCAGCGCUACCUGAGCGGCCCGGCCGGGCCCGCGCCCGCCCGGCCCCGCCGCCGCCGCACCAAGAGGCCGCCGGGCGGCGCGGGCAGAGCCGGGAUGCGGAUCGUGGAUGACGACGUGAGCUGGAGCAGCAUCGCCGCCGCGCAGGAGAACGAGGAGGAGGAGGACGAGGGGGACAUGCCCGUGGUGGCAGAGUUUAUUGAUGAGCGUCCCGAUGCAGUGAAGCUCAUGGAGGAAUUCCGGAGAAAUGCCAAGUGGAAGCUUUUGGGAGACCAGGGUGAAGACACCCAAAGUUCAGAUGUUUCAGCGCCUGCCCAACCUGCUGCGAGGCGACAGCGUCACGAUACUCCUGAUCCAUCACCCCCAAGGCGACAGCAUCACGAUACUCCUGAUCCAUCACCUCCAAGGCGACAGCGUCACGAUACUCCUGAUCCAUCACCCCCAAGGCGACAGCGUCACGAUACUCCUGAUCCAUCACCCCCAAGGCGACAGCGUCGCGAUACUCCUGAUCCAUCACCCCCAAGGCGACAGCGUCAUGACACCCCUGACCCGUCCCCUCCGAGGCGACAGCGUCACGAUACUCCUGAUCCAUCACCUCCGAGGCGACAGCGUCACGAUACUCCUGAUCCAUCACGCCUGAGGCAACAGCGUCAUGAUACUCCUGACCCGUCCCCGCCCAGACGGCAGCGUCAUGACACCCCUGACCUGUCCCCGCCGAGACGACUGCGUCACGAUACUCCUGACCCAUCACCACCCAGACGACAGCGUCACGACACCCCUGAUCCAUUGCCCCCCAGACGACAGCGUCACGACACCCCUGACCCGUCACCCCCAAGGCGACAGCGUCGUGACACCCCUGACCUGUCCCCAAGGAGACUGAGCCCGGUGCCGGGGAGAAGGGGCUGCAAAACCUCAGCCAAGCCCCUGUUGGGACGAGCCCAGGGGGAGCGAUCUCCCCCUGGGCGCGGCGUCUCUGACAAGUCCUCAUCGCGACACAAGCGUUCGGUCACACCGGACCUGUCCCCUCCGAGGAAGAAGAGGCACGACUCUGACUCCGAUCUCUCACCACCUCGGAGGAAGAGGAGCGGGUCGCCCAGCCUGAAGAAGCCGAGCAGAGCCCGAGAGGCUUCCCCAGCCACGAAAAGGCUCCGGGAGGUGCCGUCACCUCAGAGGAAGGAGCAGCACCGUUCCAGGAGCCCCCGUGACGUCUCGCCUCAUCGCCAGCGUGACGCUCAGGGCUCUCCCAAGAAGGCAAACGCAGCGUUUUCUGCGGUCAGAGCUGGGCUGGUGUCAGCCGAGGUGCUGCAGCGGGAGCAGCAGGAGCUGCGGAGCCAGGAGAGCAGCACCAGGCUCCUGGCAGAGGAAUCCCGGCACUCCAAGACCAUCUACCGAGACAAGUCCGGGCGCAAGAGGGACCUGGAGCGGGAGUGGCUGGAGCAGCGGCAGAAAGCUGAAGCCUCGUCUGAGAGAGACGAGCAAUACGCCAGAUGGGGAAAAGGGCUGGCACAGGAGAGGCAACAGCAGCAAAACGUGGAAGAUGCAAUAAAGGAGAUGCAGAAGCCGCUGGCUCGGUACAUUGAUGACCAGGAUCUGGAUCGGAUGCUGCGGGAACAAGAGCGCGAAGGGGACCCCAUGGCCGCCUUGAUCAAGAAGAGGAAGGCCCGAGCCGGCAAGGAGAAGAAAGAAAAGCCGCGGUACAACGGACCAGCACCUCCGCUCAACAGAUUUAACAUCUGGCCCGGGCACCGCUGGGACGGUGUGGACAGGUCCAACGGGUUCGAGCAGCAGCGCUUCGCCAGGAUGGCCGACAAGCGGGCGGUUCAGGAGCUGGCCUACAAGUGGAGCGUGGAGGACAUGUAGAGACGGAGCGCGGGUGAAACAGCGUCCAGGGCUGGUGUCGUGGAGCUUCCCCGGCUGCCAGAGCCGCGAGGAGCAGCUGGCUGUGCCGGCACCGUGACCUGCAGCGUCUCGGCACCGUUUUGUGAGCGGCAAGGCUGAGUCUGGAGGCUGCCAAAGAGGAUCUUCUGUUGGCCAGAGGGGACGAACUCGGCGCUGCUUGGUGCAGCGUGGAGGGGCCUGGGGGCCGCUGUCUGCAGCGCUGCCUCGCUCUGUCGCUCCGCGGACCACGGCUCCCGGUCUGGUCACUUCUAAUGAACCACAGUAACUAUGUGCUUCACCGUUUCAUGCCAAAUGCUUUGUCCUCCGAGGGCGGUUCACAAGUCCUCAGGUGUCACGAAUCUCAGGUUUUUCCGGCUGGUGAAGGUGCGCUGAGCUCCGUCGCUGCAGAGCUGAGCUCACCCGGCAGUUCGGAGCCCGGCUGUGGUUCCUGCUCCGCUCCAGUUCUCCCGGAGCGCAGCUGUGCCCUGCAAAUCCUGUACGUGAGCCGACUCACCUCGGCCGCUGCCACAUCCCCCGGGCUGCUGUGACGUUCUCGUGCCCACGGGCAGUGACGCUGGGGACACUCGGGCUGUCCUGACCCUGGACGCGCAGCUCUGCCCGUGUCACCCCGCCCUGUCCUGCGCGAGGCCGGGACACCAGCCCGCGGUGCCGCGUGUGACAGCGCCCGUGCCGCCCUGCGCUCGCGUUGGGUCGGUCGGUGUCUUGUCCCCCGUGUUGUGUUUCUGCCAGCCCCGGAGCCUCCGUGUACACGUGUAAAUAACAUCCUGCUUUUUUACCUGA